AUGAUUGAAAAAUUCGACGAAGAGUCACCAAAGAAACUAAGCUAUACACCCAUGACUACGAAUUUCACGAAGAACCAAAACAACCAAGAUGAUAUUUUUCCCAAUAAUCAGAAAUAUAGGGAAGCUGUGGGAGCACUUUUAUAUUUAGCAACAGUAUCAAGACCUGACAAAGCAAAUUCUGUUGGAAUACUUAGCAGAAAAGUAGAAAAACCAUCAACAUCGGACUGGAAUGGUAUAAUCAAAAUCAUACGAUAUCUGAGAGCUACAAUUCAUUACAAAUUACAUCUAAAAUCCAAUGGUGCACCAGUCAUCAAAGCUUACAGUGACGCUGAUUGGGCUGGAGAUACCUCUGAUAGAAAAUCCACAUCCGGAUAUAUGUUUCAAAUAGGAAACAGUACGGUAUCAUGGACAAGCAAGAAACAAAAUUGUGUUGCCUUAUCUUUGACAGAAGACAAAUAUAUCGCUCUAGCUUUAACAUUGCAGGAGCUACAAUGGAUUACACAACUGAUGGAAAAUUUAGGUUUCGCUCAACAGGAAGCUAACAUCAUAUUCGAGGACAAUAUAUCAUGCAUAAAUCUUUCCAGAAAAGAAAAAGGAAGCAGUUACAACAAACACAUCGAUUUGAAAUAUCACUACGUAUAUGAUCUACAAAAAUCGAGGAAUUGUUAA